AGCUUGCAUAACGCUAGGCGGGAUGCUGCAGGCUGGCGGAGGCGGCCGAGUCCCUGGUGCCCAGCGCCGCCCUCCGCGCUUGGGGCGUGGCCGCCACCCCUUUAUCAGCUACUCCAACGCGGGGACGCAGCAGACAGCUCUCUGCUCUGCUCUGGCCACAGAUAGGAGUCUUGCUGUUUCUCCCACAUGGACCUUGAACUCCUGGGUUCAAGUGAUUUCCCCUUCUGCCCCCAGGACCCAAAGUGGAAGGGGCUUGUCCAAGCCACCCAGGGCUUAUGUGGCUGAGCAAGGAGAUCCCAACGAAAAUAACAGAGCCAAUGCCAGGGCCAAUAUUGAGCAUCGAGCAGUGACAUUUUUUACAAGAGCCCAGUGGUAGCAUUUUUAGCCUCUGAGGAAAUCAGCUCAGAGAGGUUAAGGAACUCUCACAAGGUUACCAAGCUGGAUAGGAACCCUCCAAGUGCACCUGACAUCCAUCUCUCAGGCCCCAGCCUGGUACCACCUGGCUUGGCUCUCCCUUUCUUGUAUGAUUUUGGUUUCCUGCCCAGGACCCAGACAUGGCGAUGGCAGUGGCCCAGAAGUUCAGCCACCUGUUGUCCAGCCUUUGGCACGUGGGCCAGAAGCCUCUGCAGCCAGAGCCCGUGUUCACAGUGGACCGGGCUGAGGUGCCGCCUCUCUUCUGGAAGCCUUACAUCUAUGCUGGCUACCGGCCGCUGCAUCAGACCUGGUGUUUCUACUUCCGCACCCUGUUCCAGCAGCACAACGAAGCCGUGAAUGUCUGGACUCACCUGCUGGCGGCCCUGGCACUGCUGCUGCGCCUGGUCAUCCUGGUGGGGAGUGUGGACUUCUGGGAAGACCCGCACGCCCUGCCCCUCUUCAUCAUCGUCCUGGCCUCCUUUACUUACCUCUCCUUCAGUGCCCUGGCGCACCUUCUGCAGGCCAAGUCAGAGUUUUGGCACUACAGCUUCUUCUUCCUGGACUACGUGGGCGUAGCCGUGUACCAGUUUGGCAGUGCCCUGGCACACUUCUACUAUGCCAUUGAGCCCACCUGGCAUGCCCAGGUGCAGGCCAUCUUCCUGCCCACGGCCGCCUUCUUGGCCUGGCUUUCCUGUGCUGGGUCCUGCUACAACAAGUACAGCCAGAAGCCAGGCCUGCUGGGCCGCACUUGCCAGGAGGUGCCCUCGGCGCUGGCCUACGCGCUGGACAUCAGCCCCGUGGUGCACCGCAUCAUAGUGUCCCCUCUCCCUGCCGAGGAUGACCCCGCUCUUCUCUAUCACAAGUGCCAGGUGGUCUUUUUUCUUCUGGCUGCUGCGUUUUUCUCCACCGUCAUGCCGGAGAGUUGGUUCCCCGGCAGCUGCCACAUCUUUGGGCAGGGACACCAAGUUUUCCAUGUCUUUUUGGUGCUGUGCACAUUGGCCCAGCUAGAGGCAGUGACACUGGACUAUCAGGCCCGGAGGCCCAUCUAUGAGCCUCUGCAUGCCCGUUGGCCCCACAACUUCUCUGGCCUCUUUCUGCUCACCGUGGGCAGCAGCAUUCUCACUGCCUUGCUCCUCAGCCAGCUGGUCCGGCGCAAACUCCAUCAGAAGACUAAGUGAAAGCAGGGUGGGCGGGGAGCUGGCAGGGUGAGAGAAGGUAUUUAGGGACAAAGGCCUGGACUUGGCUCCAGAUGGGAACGAGGCCUGGUAAAGUUGUUUGUAUAUGGCAGGCCAUGACUCCCUGCCUACAAGCUCACUGCCCAAGGUGGAGCUAGCCAAUCCCAGGACCUGGGGAUUGGCUGGGAGCUGCAGAGGCCCUGGCCAGUUCCCUGCCCUGGUAGAAGAAGAAAUAAGGGAGUGGUCUUCCUAACUGUCCCUCCCUUGCCUCCUAUCAGGGAUAAAGUUUGGGUUCAGCACCCUGGUUUGGGGGUUCCAGGUUGUUGGGUGGGAGAUGAGACAGGCCAGUACCAGAUUUGAGCUGAGAGGAAGGGGACGCCUCAGCAGCCACCUUCUGCCACGUUUCACUGGUGGAAGGGAAACAAACAGGCCAGAAAAAUGGGUAGCAUUUUAAUCUUAUUGUCCCCUGUACCCCAGCCUGGAUCACUGGGUUCCAGAGAGUCUCCAAAGACAAAGGAUUCUCUCCACUGCCCAGAUCCCUUCAUGACAGCCCCAGCCUUAAGCCUCAUGUCUUUGGCCUGUGUGUCCUGCACACUCCUUCCAGUUUCUGCCCGAUAACCUGCUCUUGUGAUUCUGAGUUCUGCCUCCUUAGCUCUGUUUCCAGGGCUCCAGGCCUUAGCACCUUAAGGAACUGUCAGAGGAAGCUCAGAGGCCAGGCUAAUGAGCACUGCCUGGGCUAUUCAGAACCUUGGGCUGGGGAGAGUGAGGAGGAGUUUGCUGACCGAGCUUAGGGUAUUCCAGGCAAAGGGGGACACCUGUCCCCAUACCUAGAGAUGCAAAACAGGGAGUUCAGUGGGGCUGGAGGUAAGGCUGGUGUCUGGUUCCUGAUAUGGCCUCGCUGUAAUAAAGUGACUGUGACAACAACU